AUGGCCUCCAAAUCUGUUAUUAAAGGUUCUCUGGAAAAGCAGAGCAAAACAAUUGGUAGUCAAACAUUAGAAGGAAAUUCUCGAAGGCCUUCACCUUUGCAGGUUACCGUGGAAGCAAUUGUAAACAAGAAGUCACAGGAUUCUCGACAGAAUGGAUCUGCCAAUUAUUUAGCUGAUCAAUUAGAUUUAAGCUUGUCUUUGGGUGAUUCAAAAGCAGUGCCAAUAGGUAUAAAUCCUGCAAUAAGUGAAACAAAGGGCACACUUGAAGGUAUAGCUGAUCAGGACAAGAAAACGGCAGAGCCUAGAACUGUCAAGGAUAGCUCAGUCUCUGCUAAGGUUAGUGAUGGAACCAGCAGCUUUGCAAAAACCAGCAGAAGUGCCAAGGUUAGUGAUCGGGCUGAUUUCGUUGAGAGUGGCAAGAGCAGCAUGUGUAGGGGUAGCACAAGUAGUGAUGUAAGUGAUGAGAGUACUUGUAGCAGCUUAAGUAGCAGUAUUAACAGACCUCAUAAAGCAAAUGACUCAAGAUGGGAGGCCAUCCAAGCUGUCAGAGCAAAAGAGGGGAUCCUAGGUUUGAGCCAUUUCCGAUUGCUGAAGAGGUUGGGCUGUGGGGACAUUGGUAGUGUCUAUCUUUCAGAGUUGAGUGGUACGAAGUGUUAUUUUGCCAUGAAGGUCAUGGACAAAGCAUCACUAGCAGGCCGUAAGAAGUUGCUCCGCGCUCAGACAGAAAGAGAGAUACUGCAGUCAUUGGACCAUCCCUUCCUUCCGACUUUAUAUUCCCAUUUUGAGACAGACAAAUUCUCAUGCUUGGUGAUGGAGUUCUGCCCAGGAGGUGACUUACAUAUGCUUAGGCAAAGGCAACCGGGAAAGCAUUUUUCUGAACAAGCUGUGAAGUAUGACUCUUGUCCCUGCUGA